GCAGCGUCGGUGCUUGGAAUCCGCAGAGGGAGAGUGGCAUGAGGACCUCGAGCUCUCACGCGACCCCAGGCUCCAGUGGGUUUUGGAGGCCCCACGUCACUUGAGAGCAGACACUGAAUAAGUGCGCACACCUCAUAGUAAACAUUUUUUUUUGCUGAAAACAUACUUUUUUUUUUCAACGAAUUUGUUGAGCAUUUUUAUUGAAAAAGUUGUUUUUGAAAUUAGGUUAUUAGUAUUUGAUUAGAUUUUCGAUUGGCUGUGCUAUACCUUGUCAGUUAUUAUGCAUAUUAUGAAUGCUUUUCUUCAAAAAUAGAAAUAUUCCUGGAUUUUUUUAAAUUUUUAUUUGUAGGACAGUGGGUGAAUUCUUUUUUCUUUUUUUUUUUAAGAUUUUAUUUAUUUAUUCAUGAGAGAUAGGCAGAGAAGCAGGCUCCAUGCAGGGAGCCGGUGGUGGGACUUGAUCCUGGGACUCCAGUAUCGCACCUUGGACCGAAGGCAGGCGCCAAAUCGCUGAGCCACCCGGGCGUCCCUGUACCUGGAUUCUUUUUUUUUUUUUUUUUAAGAUUUUAUGAGAGACAGUGUGGCAGAGAUGCAGGCAGAGGGAGAAGCAGGCUCCAUGCCGGGGGCCCAACGUGGGACUUGAUCCUGGGACAGGAUCACGCCCUGAGCCAAAGGCAGAUGCUCAACCGCUGAGCCACCCAGGCAUCCCCUGUACAUGGAUUCUUAACUGGAGUUGACUCUUAGUUUUGUAUAGGGCCUAGACACUGGAAAUGUUUGUCAAGAAAAGCUUUAUUUAGGACUUGGAAGGAAGGGUAAUAUUUAGAGAACUGGAGAAGGGAAGAGGAUGAUUAAAGCAAAGAUGAGAAGAAAAGAACCAAGAUACUCAGUGUUACCUGAUUUCUGUAUGUUGUCGUCUCGUGUACGCCUCAUUCCCAGAACAGUCCGGCUUGUUCAUUCCCUCAUCUACAAUUCUUGCCAUUCCUCCAUGGAUUUAAAGGCGCUCCUUUUCUCCUUGAAUGACUUUGCAUCCCUCUCCCUUGCUGAGAGUUGGGACAAUGUUGGCUUACUGGUGGAACCAAGCCCACCACACACUGUAAACACACUCUUCCUUACCAACGACUUGACCGAGGAAGUGAUGGAGGAGGCGCUGCAAAAAAAGGCGGACCUCAUUCUCUCCUACCAUCCACCUAUUUUUCGACCCUUAAAGCACAUAACCUGGAAAACCUGGAAGGAGCGCCUGGUGAUCCGGGCUCUGGAAAACAGAGUUGGUAUUUACUCUCCUCACACAGCCUAUGAUGCUGCACCCCAAGGAGUCAACAGCUGGUUGGCUAAAGGGCUUGGAGUUUGCACCUCCAGGCCCAUACAUCCUUCCAGAGCUCCCAACUACCCUACAACGGGAACACACAGAGUAGAAUUCAGUGUUAAUGGUACCGAAGACCUGGACAAAGUUAUAUCUGCAGUGAAACGAAUUGCAGAUGUUUCUGUCACUUCUUUUUCUACUAGGACUGAUGAUGAAGAACAAACAAGGAUUAGUCUGAAUUGUAGUCAGGAGGCUUUGAUACAGGUGGUGGCAUUUCUUUCCCAGAGCAGACAAUUCUACCAGAAGACUGAAAUUCUGUCACUGGAGAAGCCUCUGCUUCUACACACUGGAAUGGGACGGUUGUGCACACUGGAUGAAUCUGUUUCCUUGGCAACCAUGAUUGAUCGAAUCAAAAGGCACCUUAAACUAUCUCAUGUUCGCCUUGCUCUUGGGGUAGGAAGGACCUUAGAGUCUCCAGUCAAAGUCGUGGCCCUGUGUGCUGGUUCUGGGAGUACGGUGCUACAAGGGGCAGAGGCCGACCUUUACCUCACAGGUGAGAUGUCCCAUCAUGAUGUUCUGGAUGCUGCAUCCCAAGGAAUAAAUGUCAUCCUCUGUGAACAUAGCAACACUGAACGAGGCUUUCUUUCUGAUCUUCGAGAUAUGCUGGGUGCUCACUUGGAGAAUAAGAUUAAUAUUAUCUUGUCAGAAACAGACAGGGACCCUCUUCAUGUGGUAUAAAACAUACAGAAAGGACAGGAUGACAGUCUACAAACCAAUUGGCUCCAACUUGAAUGUAUAACACAAAUCAGAGACUCCUCCUGGAAGAAUGUCUUAAAAUGUAUAUUAUUUCUGGUUUGUAAAUCUGUUCACCAAAUGUUCUGUAGCUCAUAUGGUGAAAACCAUAACAUAACUACCAUUCAAGAAUAAGUAUUCAUUAUAAGAUAAUUAAGAUUAUAAAUGUAAAGCAUAUAUUCAUUAUAAACUCCAGGAAAGAUCCACUAAAAUCUGUUUACUUAGCAUUCUGGUAAGUUGCUUGAGCAACUCCUUUGCUUAAUUAUAGAUGGGAUGUGUCAUUCUAGAUCUCUCUGUCCUUGGCUAGUUUAAAAUGUACUUUAAAAAACUUGAGAUUGGAAUACUUAUUUGUAGAUAGUAGCCUGCAGAGGGUGAUAAGGUCUGUCUCUAUGUUCCCAUUCCCAGAUCACUAAUCUCUCAGCUGAAUUUCAGAAUCAGGAUGAGGCUUUAUUUUUUUGUUUCUUUUUUUCUUAAUAUACAUGGUCAUUAUUCAUGACUGUUUUAGUGCUUUUUAGGUAACUCACCUGGAAUUUUAUUAGUAUUAUAAAAAGAUGGUUAGCUUCCAAAAUAUUCCCAUUACCAUACGAUAACUAGUUUUGUGCUGGGCACUCUCAGGUAUGUUAUAAACACUUUUAAUCUUUAGAAACAAGAAUACAGGUAUUAUUAUUUCCAUUCUACAGAUGACUAAAACAGAUUACGGAGUCUGCCCAAGGCCACAUAGCUAGGAAAUGAUGGGAGUUUGGACACAAACUCAGGUAGUCUGGUUCCAGAGUCUGUUCUUAACUCCUUUUUAAUGAACAUUGAUAAUAAACCUGAUACAGGAGGUAUGUAAGAAAUUCUGAAGGAAAAGAAAUCCAUUUUAACUGGGAUUUUCUCAGAUAGUAUGGGAGGCUUUUCUUUUGAAUCCUUCUAUGCAUAUUUCCAGUCUCUCAGCACAGAGCUUUUUCCUUUGGAAUGACAAAAGCAGAUCUUUUAAAAUACAGUCUAAGAUGAGAAAGGAAAGAAUUUUACAUUUUUUUUUCAUUUGUUUUUAAUUGACGUUCGAUUUGCCAACAUGUAAUACCAGUGCUCAUCCCAUCAAGUGCCCUCCUCUGCUGUCACCCAGUUACCCCAUCCCCCCUUCGCCCACCUCUCCUUCCACAACCUGCAUUUCUUUUGUGGGACUCUUUUCCUACCAAUCAUCUUCUGGAAGACUUGGUAUCCUAAUUUACACAUUAUUCUCGGUGGUUCACCUCUAAUAUUGAUUCACUACAGAAAUAACCAAUAGGACUGAGCCUUAGAAAUGACCCUGAUUCCAAGGUUAGAGGAGGCAAAGGAUCAGAAGCCAAGGAGAAAGCUUUGAUGAGGGAUGGUCGAGGUCAAGGUCUAGGGAAUGGGAGAGCAGACGGCUUGGAGAUGAUGCCUGAGAGGCUAUUGUAAUUACAUACAUGCUGAAGAUCCGCAGGGGGCCUACAAAGGAGGUUUCCUGGGGAAAGGGUAGGAUGCAAUCAGGCACAGCUUGAACAAACACUGGAGAAGCAGCACAAUGCAUUGAAAAAGCCAACGAUUCACUUAUUACUGUCAGGGCAGAGAGCAGGAGGCAGGAAGGGUACGGUCAGAGAUGAUGCUUCGGAAAUAGCUUGGGGACAGGGAUUCUUAAACCUUUUUUUUUUCUUUAUGGCACCGAAGGUAAGAUGUGAUCUCACCUUGAACAUUUAUUCAUGCUGAAGGUUGUAGAUUAGUGCCUUUUGCUGAGUUUCAGAAAGGAUCUAAUGGAUCAAAGAUUUUGAUGAUGAUUAGACAUGCUAUUGCCAUUUUUUUUUUUUUAAAGAAUGCCAUUGUUACUACAAUUUUUAAAGUUUUGGGAUGCCUGGUGGCUCAGUGGUUGGGCAUCUGCCUUGGGCUCAGGGUGUGAUCCCGGAUUCCCAGAUAAAUCCCACAUCGGGCUCUCUGUGGGGAGCCUGCUUCUCCCUUUGCCUGGGUCUCUGACUUAAAAAAAAGUUUCUAAAUAAAAUAUCCUCAAAUAUGUCCCUCUGUAGUUUUGUUUUUAAGUAUCACUAAAGAUGAAUUAUUUUCACUUGUCAGAUUUUCUGAACUGUUAACUUUAAGGUGUUAAUUGUAUAUAUCAUUGCUUUUUUUUUUUAAGAUUUUAUUUUUAAGAUUUUAUUUAUUCAUUCAUGAGACACAGACACAGGCAGAGGGCGGAGCAGGCUCUUUGCUGGGAGAGGGAGCCAGAUCCUCCGUCUCCAGGAUCACAGCUGAAGGCGGUGCUAAACCACUGAGCCACCCCGGCUGCCCCACUGCUUUUCAAAUUUUAAUGUGCAGAAUAAUGUAUGGAGAUGGAGUUUUAAAAUGCAGAUUCUUAAAAUGCUGAUUCAGAUACUUGAAUGGGGCCCAAGCACUUCAGUUCCGGAGAGAGAAUGCUGCUGUUGCAGGAUGUUAGGUAACAAAAUAAGGGUGGUGACCUAAAUACGGGAGGGCUCAAGGCCGAAGUGUGGUAGAUGCCAAAAUGGUUAUGAAAACACGGUAAUUAGCUUUCUAUUAAACUCAGUUUAAAAUAUAACUUAGUUAUAUUUUCCAUAGCAUCAGUUAUUUCAAAUUUAUUUUCGGCAAAUUAAGAAUACUGUAACUUAAUAAAGCUAUUAAAACCCCAUA